GGGAGACGAUCAUGAGUCCGGGGUCUUGGGGCUGGAGGCAGCAGGGGCAGCGGCACUCGAGAGCCGCUCGAUUUGUCACGCUGUUCUUAUAAGAGACAGCUCCUCAUCAGGCACAUCUAGACUAGUCUGGAGGACUGGACUGCAGAGCUGUGCUAUCACCCGAUUGACAGUGAGCGCAACGACCUGGCUGCACUGACGCCUGCGCAAUGAAACAACCUUCGGAUCAAGAUCAGGUCCCGGCGCCAGGCACCGACCAUGUCGAUGUCCCGGAGAAGAGAGAAUCAAUGGGCACAGUCAACGUGGUGGCCGAGCUGGGUGACAACAGGCCCGCCGCCUUCUCGCGAGGUCAACUCAAGCUGUACCAAAUCUGUUUCCUGGUCUACCUGUGCGCGGCCCUGGUCGGCUUCGACGGAUCCCUCAUGGGGAGCAUCAACUCCAUCGGGGCCUACCAGCGGUACUACAACGUCUCCGAGAACGAGCAGGCGUCGACAGGCAUCGUCUUUGCCAUCUUCAACGUGGGCCAGAUGGUGGGCGCCCUCUUUGCGUGGUUCUCGGACUGGAGAGGCAGGAGGAUGGCCAUCCUCGUGGGCUGCUUCGGCGUGUGCGUGGGCACCGUCAUCACCAGCACCGCGACCACCCUCGCCACCUUUAUCGGCGGGCGAUUCCUGCUGUCCUUCUUCUCGACGUUCGCCUCAACUGGUGCGCCCAUGUACCUCAUCGAGGUGGCGCCUCCACACCUGCGAGGCACGAUAGCCGGUUUGUACAACACCUUUUACUACAUUGGCAGCAUCCUCGCCAACUUUGCCGUCUAUGGCACCUCGCGCAACCUGACGGGGAACUUGACCUGGAGACUGCCCCUCUGGUUGCAGAUGGUGUGUCCCGGGGUCGUGGCGAUCUUCAUCAUGUUCUGUCCGGAAUCGCCGCGCUGGCUGAUCGGACAAGAACGACACGAGGAGGCAAGGGACUUUAUCGUCAAGUACCACGCCAAUAGCGACGCCGAGCAUCCCAUCGUGCAGCUGGAAAUGGCCGAGAUGAUCCAGAGCUUGGAAGGCGCCGAGAUGUCGACAUGGAAGACCAUCUUUGACAUUAGGCCACUCUUCAACACGCGGGCAAGACGCUACCGCUUUGCGCUGUGCGUGGCCUUCUCUUGGUUUGGCCAGUUCUCCGGCAACAAUGUGGUGUCCUAUUACCUCCCCUUGCUGGUCGAAGCGGUGGGCAUACACGACACGGACACCAAGCUGCUCCUGAACGCUAUCUACUCGGUGACCGGGUGGAUCUUUGCCGUCUGCGGCGCUCGGUUCCACGACAUUAUCGGCCGUCGCAAGAUGCUCAUGGGCGCGACGCUGGGCAUGGCCGUCACGCUGUCCAUCGCGGCCGGCACCGCGGCCGGCUUCGAGCAGGACCCGAGCAACAAGCGCAUGUCGUCGGCCUCGAUCGCCUUCAUCUACAUCUUUGGCAGCGUCUUCGCCUUUGCCUUCACGCCCAUGCAGCCCAUCUACCCGGGCGAGGUGUGCGACAAUGUGCAGCGCGCCAAGGCCAUGGGCUUCUACAAGCUCACCUCCGGCGCCGCCAGCUUUGUCAACACGUUUGCGGCGCCCAUUGCCCUCAAGAACAUUCGCUACUGGUUCUACGUCUUCUUCGUCUUCUGGGACCUGUUUGAGUUCCUUGUCAUCUACUUCUUCUUUGUGGAGACAAAGGGGAGGACGCUGGAGGAGCUCGACGAGGUCUUUGAGUCGGCGAACCCCCGAAAGGCGAGCACCCAAAAGCCGACCCGCAGGACGCAGAUGGACGUCAAGGCAGAAUGAAGCGUUCGGGGUGAGCUUCUGUGAAGGCAGAGCGUGCGCCAAUACAGCAUCGGUAAC